UGGAUCUACUGGUACCGUUCUAGUAAGAUCAUAAGCAUCAGCAAACAUCAUGUUUGUGCCGAUUGUCCUGGCGACGGUCUGCCUUGCCAGCAGCACGGUCUUGGCUGUAAUUGACAAACCAUUCUACGACGUGGAAGACGCUAAGAGUCUGUUCAUGGACUUUGUCCAAGAGCAUAAGAAAGUAUACAACCGUAGAGAGUAUAAAGAAAGGCUUGCAAUUUUCAAGGAAACCUUAAUAAAAAUAAAUAAGCAAAAUGAGAAAUUUCCUGAUACUGUGUUUGCGUUAAAUCACUUCGCUGACUUGAAGCCUCAUGAGUUAGAGUGUUAUCGUGGUUUCAAACUCCCAAAAGAUACAAAUUUGACGAAAGUGGAAAUCACCGAGGGAUUGGAUGAUGCGCCUGAAUCAUUUGACUGGAGACAAAAAAAUAAGGUUACACAUGUUAAGAACCAAGGAAAAUGUGGCAGCUGCUUCAUCUUCAGUGCUGUUGGUGAUAUUGAAGGGCAGUACGCUAUUAAACAUGGCCAGCUCGUAGCUUUGUCCGAAGGACAAGCUCUCGACUGCCUUACUGUUGGAACUUGCGACGGAGGAUACAUGGAACAAGUUAUGCAGGAAUUAGCUCAACAACAAAUGAAGUUGGAGAAAGAAGAGGAUUAUACAUAUGCAGCACACAAAUAUACCUGUCAUAAUGACCCUAGCAAGGGAGUUGUCCAGUGCGCAAGCGGUGUAAAAAAAGUCAUAAUGGACGAAGAACAGUUAAAGGCAGAAUUAGCCAACCGUGGACCUAUCUCGAUUGCUAUAAACGCCGACGACUUUAGCUAUUAUAAAAAAGGUAUACUUAUACCUAAUAUGUGCAGAGGAAAACAAAUAGACCAUGCCGUGCUUCUGGUGGGAUAUGGAGAAGAAGACGGCAAAAAGUACUGGCUAAUCAAGAAUUCGUGGGGAACUGUCUGGGGCGAGCAAGGCUACGUAAGAAUGUUGAGAGGAGUCAACGCAUGCGGCCUUGGGUCUUACAUUGCCGAAUCCACUGUGGCAUAACCAUCUAUUUUUAUCUUUAUUGAGCAUUCAAAAAAUCACGAAGCACUAUAUCAUAGAUCAUAGCAAAAUUCUAAAUCAAAACUAAGGAAUAAAAAACAGUUUCUGGGCUCGCAUCUGGCCCAUACGUAACUUAAAUUAACAUAGAUAUUUAAUCUUUCAUCAUGAUUUACAUGGCAAAGCCACAAAAGUGCUGAUCACCUGCAACUUGAAUAUUAACAGUAAA